AUGGAUUGGUUCGAGAACGGCACAGGGCACGGGGAACGUCGUCGUUUGGCCCUGUGUCUACUGAUCGUCUGCGUGCUUUCCACCGCGACGUCCGCGGACACGAACGACACCAAGGAUGUUUGGAGCGGAUUCUCAACGGGAUGUUCGAGCACGGAUGCCAAGAAUCUGUCCGUCUCCUGUUACGGUGUCAGGAUCGUCAGGAAGAUCGUUCAACAGCUGCUGGAGAAAUCCAGCAAGGAGCCAAACAUCGAGAUCUUCGACGGUGUCAGCCUGGUCGAGGUACCUGGUUCCGGACCGGCCAGAAAGGGAAGGCUGAUGAAGGGAUUCGGUAACAUGGGCACGUUGGUGCAGUUCCUGGAGGGAAGGGAGCUGAGAAUAAAGCUGCCCAGCAUCUUGCCGCAGAACAUCGAGAGCGCUCUUCAAGAGAGCCUGCCGGAGUACAUCGAACUGAGGAAGUUUAUUUUGUUUUCAGGAAGAGGAGGAGGCGGCGGUGGCGGCGGAUUCGGGGGUGGUGGCGGCGGAAAGAAGGGCGGCGGAGGUGGUUACAUGAUCUUGGCGCUGAUGAUGGGAAAAAUGAUGGCAGCACUGGGAUUCGGUGCUCUCGGUCUGCUGGCCAUGAAGGCGUUAAUGGUUUCCGCGCUGGCGUUGAUGCUAUCGUUGAUAGUCGCCGUGAAGAAGUUGGCCAGCGGCCAUGACAGCGGCGGUGGCCACCACGUGGUGUACGCGCAGGACGUGGGUCAUCACCACUACCGCAAGAAGAGAUCUCUCGGGGAGGAGGACCACGAUCUACCGUACAGAGGAUACGCUCACCUGUUCGCCGAUUCACGAGUGCUCUGA